AUGCCUCAACCACAACAUAUUAUUGAAUCAUUAAAUCUCCUCAAUGAUAGUAAUAAAUCAUUAGACCAAAUAAAUGGAGGAAUUAUUCAUUUAGUUUCUAGGUCUGAUCUUUUUGGAUUGUUAACUUCUUUAUCAAUAUUACUUGACUCACAAGUAUUAAGUCAACCACAAUCCCUUUCUCUUUGUUAUGUAUUAUCAAAACACUCUCCAAUAACAUCUAAUCCUUUCUUCAAAGUGUUACGUAAAGAAUAUUUAAAGGCUGAUGGUUUUGAAAAAAAUUUUAUUGCAACACUUUUUGAGAACUCUUGUCCAUCUGAGAAAUCAAUUAGUGAAAUUCUUGCAAGUAAUAAACUCCCAAGUACUUCUGUUGAUUUAGAUGUACUAACAACUGAAUACCAAAAAAAUGUUCCAUAUGACAUCCCUUCAGUUCAACCUUUGUUUAGUGAUCCCGAUGAUUCAACAAAUAGAGAACGUGAUAUUGCUAAAAUUUUUGAAACUCCAUUACCUGGACCAAUCACUCCACCUCAAAACACACCCGCUCCUUUAUUGUUAAUGCCAGGACAUGAUGAGCUUACUUUUCUUAUCCCUGAAAUUGAUUUCUCCCCAUUAUUCGACCCAACACAAAUAUCUGCUGAAACGUUAACACUUCUUAAAAGAGCUGCCAUAGAAAGACUUAGUGAUGAUGACAAAGACCAACUUAUGGAACUUCUUGAAGAAGAAAAUAUUGCAAAAUUCUUUGCUCCACAACAAAUUGAAAGUCUUAUUGAGAAUAACAAAGAUAUCGCAGUUGAGGUAUUAAAAAAAGUCAUAAACAGUGAAAAUGAAAAGGCCUAUAUUGACGCAUUAUCUUCUAUAGAGCCUAAAAUAAAUGUUAUUAGUACUGUAAAGGAAUUAUUGUUAAAAUCUUCUAAUGUCUUUUCUUCUUUCACUCAAAAAGUUAUUGACUUUUCAGUUAAAGAAAAAGAGCCAAAUAAAAGAUACAUUCGUUGUGUUACAGACUAUCUAGAAACAUACGUACGAGUUAAUCCAAAAUUAUCUGAACCAGUUUAUGAAAGCAUAGUUACUUUUUGUGGCAAAUUCAGUACUAUCAAAGAAGUUUCUAAUCUCUACAAAUUAUUAAUGAAAUAA